AUGGAGCAGGCCAAGGCACUAAACGCGCUUGAGCCAUUCCUAGCUCUUAGCAAGUCGGCCACUUCUCCCCGCGCUGCUGCCGACUUGAUCUUACGUGCCACAUCGGCCCCAAACACAUUCAUCUUCACCGAGCUCCUCCAGACCCCCCAGAUACAGGCUCUUGCAUCAUCUGAUGAGUUUGCAUCUCACUUGACGGUUCUCAAGAUUUUCAGUUAUGGCACUUAUUCCUCGUACAAUUCCACCGCCCGCCUUCCAGAGCUCAACGAUGCUCAGCGGCUGAAGCUCCGUCAACUCUCUCUUUUGACCCUCGCCAAGAAGGACCAGGAUAGGAAAGCUGGCGACGCCGGCUCCCCAGCCCUAGACUACACCUCUCUCCAAAAUUCUCUCGGGCUCGAAAGCCGCCAAGCCCUCGAAGAGCUCGUCAUCAGCGCCGUCUAUGCCGGGCUCAUCAAAGCCCAGCUCAAUCCCAAGGCUUCACUCGUGCAGAUCAACAGCGUCUCGCCACUUCGUGAUGUAGCCCCCACUUCGAUCAGCAGCUUGCUCUCGAGCCUUCAUGCCUGGGCUGGGCGCUGCGAGGCCACUCUCGAAUCUCUCUCUUGCCAGAUGACUCAAGUCCGUGCCGACGCCGACCGGCGUGCUGCCCGCUCCGCGGCUCGCGCGUCAGACCUCGACCUCCUCAUAAAGAAGGAGACAUCGGGUGGGAGACCCUCUCAGUUCAUAUCAUCAUCUACUAAGACACGCGCUGCCACGUCCGCUGCUGCUGCUGGGAACAUCGCUACCCCUCGCAACAGCCGCCGCAAGGGCUCGGCGCAAGCUAGCAGCGGCGCCGGCAUAGCCAACACUACCACUACUACCACUACCACUACCACCACCACGAACAACGAGAUGAACAGCGUGCUGACGGUUGGCGGCGGCAGCAGUAUCCUCACACCCGGCGAACUCGACCCAGGCACAACAAGUCCCGACGGGGGGAGCACGCCGCUUCUCGAAGUAAGGUCCGCUGUCAAGCGUAGCAGCGAGGAUAUGACCGCCGACGACAAGGGUGUGGAAAUCGAAGGCCAGGGGUCAGCUAGUGUGGGUGAGACGGUCGACGGGGCUACUGACGGGCCGGAGCCGCCGGCAAGUAAGCGUAAGCUUGACGGGUAG